CCAUUCUGUCUAUGAGAAUUUAUGCAAACGUCUAUUGCCUUUCACACUGUCCUGAUUAUUCAAGUCAUAUUAGACUUUGGACAUAUGGACUGUUUGCCAAUAUAAAUGAUUUUGCUCCUGAACUGGUUGCAUUGUGUGGAUUAUCUCCCAUUCCCAGAGAUGAUACUUAUCAAAGCAGAGACAGAGAUGGAUGAAGUCAUGAAAAAAAAGCUUGCAAAAGUUGGAUGAAUCACUGAGACAUCCUGAGGCUGCUGCUCUAUCAACAAGCAGGAAGAAGAAGAAAAAGGAAAAGAAGAAAAAAAUCCAGCAAGAAGUGGGGUCACAAGAAGGUGAGGCUGCAAGAUGAAAGAGGAACCGUAUCCAGACACUGUAGUGAAAUCCAUUGAAGAAUCAAACUCAAGUGUGCAGCCGUUCACACCGCCUGCUGAGAACUCAAGAAGGUGGCAUCAAACCAGCCUUCGUUGGAGACCAAAGCUUGAGAAGCUAGCUAACAUGGAUGCUAACAAGACAUAUAAGCUGGGAAGUCUUACUCUUGUCAUUGACCCUAAAUUUCUGAUUGCUAGGGGAAGUGAUGGAACACAAGUUUUUCUUGGUUUGAGGGAUGACGGCACAGAAGUGGCUGUGAAACGAAUGGAUAAGUUUAAUUACCAAGACCUCAAAAAUGAGGAGGAAUUUCUACGCCUUCCAGAACUUGAAAGUACCUCCAUUGUGCGAUAUGUGGACUUUGCUGAAGAUGACAAUUUUGGAUAUCUUGCUCUUCAGCUUUGUGAGUACACACUGGAGGAAUAUAUCCAAGAGCAUUUACCAGAUAAUAGCGCUGAGAGAAGUUUGGUUCUGAAGAAGCUGGUGAAGGAAGUUCUCUGCAGCUUACAGGUUUUACACCAACCGCAGACCAAAGUGCUUCAUCGGGACAUCAAACCCCAGAAUGUUCUGAUUGACAUAAAAGGAAAGGCUAAAUUGGCUGAUUUUGGCAUAAGUCGCCGACUGAAACAGGGCGAAACCACCAAUACGCAACAAGCAUUGCUGGAACUAGAUGCUGGAAGGCAAAGGAGACCAUAA